AUGUGGCUUUUAACUAGGGCUACCUAUGCGACGCUUGCCUUCGCGUCCCUUUCGAUCGCUCACGGAAACGGAAAGUCAAUGAAUAACGAUAUGGCAAUCAGCAUGGAUAUCCACGCUAGUUCCAGCGCAGCUGCUGUAACAGCUUCCGUCUCACAAAACGCCCAAAGUGAAAGUUUCGCGAGCUACUUUUCCUAUGGCCAGCACUCGAGUACCAUCCUGACGCACAUUGCGCUCAUGAUUUUAAGCUGGUGCUUUAUUCUUCCUGCAGCCGUCCUACUUAGCAUUGGCCGCUCGCGUCUUGCGCUUCGGUCGCAGUGCUUGUUCCUUGUUUUAAAUGCCCUCGGUCUACUCUUCGGAAUCAUUUAUAACAGCCAGACUCCCAAUUUAUACGAGAACAAUGCCCACCACAAGAUUGGCUGGAUCGUGACAUGUAUCGUCAGUGGGCAGGUUGUUCUUGCCUUGAUAUUUGCAAAUGCUGGUCGUGGCGAGUCCAAGCAGUUGCAAUCGAGAUCUUUAAAUCGUGAUACAUUCCUCCCAAUUACCACAGAUGAGCACGAAUGUCUCUAUCCUACUAGAACUAUGCACGAGUACUCCAGGUACCGUGACGAUAGCCAGGGAAAUGAAUCUAGUUCCUCAAUUCGCAGUCUUUCAUCGCCGUUCUACGAAUUGCAAGUCGAGGAGGAUGACUUUGAAAAGCCUGAGGAGCCUCAUCCGAGGCCUUUUAAUCUGCGUGGCUGGUACAACAGUUCUAUUGUCAAAAGGUUUAUCGCAAAGUGCGCGCCUGGAACUAUCUCGAACCGUGUCCUUAGCAUUUUCAAUGGCCUAUAUGAUGCGAUUGAUCGGAUCAUUCUUCCAUUCGGGUUUAUUGCUAUUGCCACUGGAGCUGUUACCUAUGGUGGUAUCUUCCAUGGUAUCGAGAUAUUCAACGGCCUCGCGCACUUUAUUAAAGGAGGAAUCUUCUUCUGGUACGGUAUCCUCACACUUGGACGGUUUAUCGGAGCCUGGGCGGACUUAGGAUGGGCCUGGAAUAAAAAGCCUCCAGCGUGUGUUGUCGGCUGGAAGGCAAAAGUUCCUUCAGGCGAGUUUGUGGAGUCGUUCGUCAUCUGGCUUUAUGGUGUUACCAAUGUCUUCUUAGAGCACCUAGCCGGCUGGGGGGAAGAGUGGACUGCGAGUGAUUUGGAGCAUGUCUCAAUUUCUAUCAUGUUCUUUGGCGGUGGUCUUGUCGGCAUGCUCUUCGAAUCGCGGUAUAUCCGCAAUGCGCUUAACGAUACCCUGCUACGAUCCCCUGCUCAUGACUCCGAAGAUGAGAACUGGGAGGCCCCCAAAUCACAGAGUGUCCCUCUUAACCCGAUGCCGGCUCUUAUCAUCCUGCUCCUGGGUAUGAUGAUGGCGUCACACCACCAGGACAGCAUGACUUCGACUAUGGUCCACAAGCAGUGGGGUAAUAUGCUCAUUGGAUUCGCGAUUGCUCGUGGAAUGACAUAUUUCCUGCUUUUUCUGCGUCCGCCGACCUCGUACCUCCCGGCUCGCCCUCCCACAGAGAUCGUCGCUGGAUUUUGCCUUAUGUCUGGGGGCCUCAUCUUCAUGCUGAGUGCCCGGCAAGUGAUUGAAGCCAUGGAGUCUUAUGAGCUGGAUGCCAUGUUCACCUUUACAGUGGCCUUGGGUUUCACAGCCUUCAUUAUGUCGCUGGUGGUUCUGACCAUCACAAUCAAGGCAUGGGCGGUAAAACGCGAGCGAGCACAAGAACAACGGUAA